AAAUACGAUAUUAUCGAAGAAAAUGGAAUGAAAUUGGAUCCAAGCAUCGAUCAAGGCGAAAGCUCUCGUUCCAAAAGAUUGUCCAUAAGAUUGGUAUCACUCGUAUAUGCCAAGGUCGCGACUUAUCAUCCUCGAGUGAUCGUCAAAACCGAGCAACACGAGUCGAUUAGGAAAAUCGGAGAGGGUGAAGCAUUUUUUCCACGACGAGUAAGAAACGUGCACACGCACGUAUACACACUGGCACACCGUGACAGCGGGCAAAGAACAGGAGAAGAGGCACAUUUCCCCUCUCCAUUCACCUCUUCGUGAGUAGUCGGAGUCCUGGUUGGCUAUAGCCCAGAGUUCGGCGUCACAGUCAAACGCAAACAGUGGCCGCGGCAAAACAGAUCGUGGCACGAAUGCUCGAAAAAUCGACCACAGAGGCCUUGGACACACGGCAUGCGAUCGCGCACGAUCGACGCACGAUCGACACACGGAUCGACACACGAAUCGACGACAAUCGACUGCUCUGAUCACCUGUUCCGGGCUACCGGGAUCAUCGCGCCGCUCUCAGCCGGAUUCAUCGCGUCGUUCAUCGAUCGACCGAUCGAUGCGACGACCGACUAACCAAUCAUCCUACGACGGACAAUUUCGACCACUUCCGAGCCAUGUCCGAUCUUUGAUCAGAGACCGAUCGGGAUCCACUUAAUCGUCAAGGAUGCCUCCGAGUUCCCGCGAGAUCACCGGGAGUGAGACCGCGCGUGCAUGGGAAAAUUGAAUCUGCUACGGAAAAUUGGACUUCGUUUAUCACUGUGACCGAGUGUUUCGUUUUGCCAGUUUCGUCUUUGUGAAUCGUGCCUGACAGACCGGCAAAAUGGGGGUGAAGAACUUUAUCAUGAAAAGGAUACCGUUCUGCAAGAUGAAGGCGAAGAGGAAAUACCAUGGAACGAACACGGCCACGCCAGUGCAGAACAACGCACAAGCGGAGCACACAGGGGGUGAUUUCGACAACGCGAGCGUCGGAAGCGGAAACUCGAAUCUCAGCACUGGCGCGCUACAGAACAUCAGAGAGCAAAUGGCGGCGUCGUUGGAACGGAUGAGGGAACUGGAGGAACAGGUCAAGGCGAUUCCCAUGUUACAGGUGCAAGUCUCCGUGCUGAAAGAGGAGAAGCGGAAUCUGCUGCGACAAGUGGACGAGCUGAGCAAGACGAGCCAAUGCAACGAGAGCGUGCUGCACAGGCACCGUAGCCAGUCGUUCUCGGAACAACGUGGCUCCCAACGAAAUCCGAGGAACGCGGCCACGCCAACCAGAGACAUGGGAACGAUGUGCGGCGUGAUGACACGGGACGUCGGUGUUUCGCACCAGCAGGUUCGAACCCGAGAUGUCGGCAUGAUAACGAGCACCCCGAUAAAACAAUCCCUGCAACGGAGUCGAAUGCAGAUCGAAGAAAUCGUACCUGAAAUUAGAGACCAGAGCGACUCGUUUGACGAUCAGACCUUGUCUAGCCUUGAUAAGCUCUACACCAGCGACUCCCGCGACAGUUGGAGAUCGACCUUGUGCCGCAGCCGACUGAUGUACGAAGAAAUACUACCGGAAACGAGGAUGAGGAACCGUUUGAAGACCAGCCCGCUUCAGGUGGAAUCGAUACCGCCGAUCAGCCCGAAGUUGGUCAGAGACGUUAGGAAAUUUCGGGAUGUCGGCGUGAACACGAGGAACAGGCUGAAGCAUCUGGUGUUCAGUCGGUUCGUGGUCGAAGAUAUAGCACCGGAAAUAAAGAAGGAAACGAAGAAGAAAUCCUGCGGCACAACCACCGGCUUGAACAUGAGAGACGUGCUGACGAAAGACGAUGUCGCGGUCAUCGUGGAUGACGCACUCAGGAUUUACAAGAGUACCCUGAUCAAGGAUACCGUCUCUAGGGGUUGCCAGUGCACACUGGACCAGGCGAAGACAGUGGAGAAGAAGGAGCAAUUCGUUCAGGUAGCUGAGCCGUUCAAAAUGAGAACGAACGUGGGAGUGAUGGUUAAGCCAAGGGUGUCCGAAAUUGGAAUUGAGGUCAGAACUGGUCCCGGAACGAGGACCAUCGCCGUUGGUCCCGAUCCGCUAGCCACAGAGUCGCUGUCUCUGCACUCGAUGAACUCGAGGAGUCAUUCGUUUAAUUACGGCGACACCAAGGUCAAAAGAAAGGCCACGAAAUCCGUCAGCGUUAUGGUAGACGAUUUAGUGAGGACCACCGUGAAGAGUACCGACACUUCCGGACUGGCGCCUAAGAAACGUGAGUUUGGUACUUCGCCGGUAAAAAAGAAAUUCACAGACGUGUCGGUCGGCGAGUCGAUCAAGCCGCAUAUUUCUAUCUCGUGCGCUGCCAACUAUUGCGAUAACUGUAAAGAGACCAUAAAAAAUCUGGCAAAGCAGAUUGUCAACAACGCGGAGAAUAAUAUGAAUCAUCAGAACACGAAUCUCGUCUCGAGGAUACCGAGACCGUCCCAUAUACCUUUGAACAACGCUGUAGAUUACAGAAGACAGUUUAAACGGCAGGACACGUACACGAAGAUACCGGCCGCAGGCGUGAUAAGAUACGAUUCCGAUAACAAGGAACAAUAUGACAGUAGUAAUCGUAUCCAACAGUUGCAAAGGGAAAAAGAAAAAGAUGAAAAGUCAGAAGAAAUAUAUAAUACGGAGAAACAAACAGAUAACGAAGAAAAACAUGAGCUCCCAGAAUCUGCUCUGUUUCAACCUAUACAAGAAAAGCCCAGAGAAAAAGUUGAACCUACAAAGGAGAUGCAGGCCGCCAUGAAGGUUCUUAAUGAUAGCCUUAAAAAAUCUCCUAGUAAAAAUGUUUCUCAUCAAAUGAAAAAUGCUAUUAAUAUCAUUCAACAAGAAUGGUUCAAAAUCUCGAGUACAGUAAAUGCCAAUCCUUUAGAAGUAGAAGAUUACCUUGAUUGUUUUGAAGAAUGUUCGAGUUCUUUAUUGGAGUAUAUAGUUAACAUGACUGACUCAAGUGGAAACACUGCGAUGCAUUAUGCAGUUUCUCAUGGAAAUUUUGAUGUUGUAUCUAUACUUCUUGAUUCAAAAGUUUGCGAUAUUAACAAAGCUAAUGUAGCUGGAUAUACGGCUGUGAUGUUGGCAGCUCUUGCUGAAGUCAGAAAUUCUACUCAUGCUUCAGUAGCUAACAGGUUAUUCCAGCUUGCUGAUGUUAAUAUUCGAGCAAAAUUGCAUGGUCAAACUGCCUUGAUGUUGGCAGUGUCUCAUGGUCGCAAAGACAUGACUCAGUUACUUCUGGAUGCUGGAGCAGCAGUUAACAUUCAAGACGAAGAUGGCAGUACGGCUCUAAUGUGUGCCGCGGAACACGGGCAUACGGAUAUUGUACGAUUGUUACUCGCGCAUCCAGACUGUGAUCCAUCGAUUGUUGAUAUAGAUGGUAGUUCCGCUCUAAAAAUUGCGUUAGAAGCGGGCAAUCGAGAUAUCGGCGUAUUGCUUUACGCUCACGAGCGCGUGAAUAGAGGAACAAGCCCAUACUCGUCGAUGAGACGAAGUAGGAGAGGUUCUAAACCAACUACGCCUACCGGACCUUCCCCGUCAGCUCCAGUAAGCCCAGCUCCAUCCCGAAGAAUUCAUUCGUCAACAGUUUCCCUAAACACCUCAAAAUAUUCUGCUAAAUAAUUCACACGCGAUAUCUGAAGACUUUUUUUUUAUUGAUAUUUAACGCAUUAGCAUAUAAUUUGAGCUAUAAUCGUAUCAUACAAGUAAGCAAUAAUACAAUCGGCGUUCCGUGUUUCCUAUAUUUAUUGCUAACGUGUUUUAGUAUUUAUCGUCGAUUUACGAUAUUUUAAGGUGUUGAUUUCUUAAGAUAAACAAUCAUGAUCUUGCCUAAUCAUUCAUCAGCCUCGACGCAUUUAAUUUAAGGUAUCUAUUUAACUGCUCAACUUUGUAUACAAUUAUUCGAGAAAAGUUUGAGAAUGUUGUUUUGUAAAGUUAGUCCAUAGGAAGGGUGGUGAAACAUUGUUUCACAUCGUUAGUUGAUAGGAGGGAUUUGUAUAAAGUUUAAAACUACUUUCUAGGUGCUAUCAGAGUAAAAAAUAAAUCCAUUUUUAUUGUUGAUAGUUUUUAUACGAUGUCACGAACGAAUACGAAAUGUCAGUAAUACCUUCAAAAUUUAAUUCUUAAAUUUAGAAACUGUAUCAAAGUACAAAAAAAAUUUCUUAUAUAUAAAAGCAAGUCACAGUGAAAGAAUUAUGUAAUGUCUUCCAACAUCCUGUGACAUUGAACAUUCCAAAAAGCGAAUCGUCAACCAACAAUCCGAAUUUCUUGUCGCAGAAAGUUUUUCUUAUACUCACUCUGUAACAUAUUCGACUGUCAGGCCUAAUUUCCGUUAAAUCCUGGGGAUCAAACUAUCAGUAGAAUAAUUGUGUACUGAUAUAAAUAGAAGAAAACAAUACGAUAUGUGUAAUGAUUAUAUGGUGCACAAACGCGAGAUUUAUAGUGCUCGCAAAUAAUGUUGAAUUUAUAUACGAAGAAAUUUGUAGAACCUAUCGAUGGUCAUUCGAUGUUGAAGUAGAGAUGUUAUAAAUGUGAAAGUAUAAAUAUAGCAUCUGUGGAUAACAGCGAGAUAUCGAAGGGCAUACGAGGGAAAUUCACUAAGUUUAAUAGUUGUUGAAAUUAU